AUGUCUGCGUCAAAAGGAAAGACCGCUCUCGCUCUUACCAGGGUCUGGCACCACACCUCGGCCCAGGACCGCGUCUUGGGAAACCUCGCCAGCCGUAUUGCUUGGGUUCUCAUGGGCAAGCACAAGCCGACCUAUGACCCCGCUGUGGACGCGGGAGACUAUGUUGUCGUCUCGGACAUUCUCCAGGUUCGCCUGUCGGGCAACAAGGCGCGCGACAAGAUCUACAGGCAUCACUCGGGAUUCAUGGGCGGCCUCAAGGAGGUUCCCAUCACGCGCGUUAUGGAGCGUAGACCCGAGGACGUCCUCCGCCGCGCCGUCUCGGGCAUGUUGCCAAAGAACACUUUCCGUGACCGCCGACUGGAGCGUCUCAAGAUCUUCCCCGGUGCUGCGCCCUCUCACUACACGCAAAAUGCUGUCAAGACAUGGCGCGAUGAAGUGGCGAAGAACUCGGGAGACAAACCCUCACCAUAG